AUUAUCUUGUGUCCCAUUUGUUCACUGGAAUCCAUUUAAUAUCGAUAUUUAGAAAAAGGAAUUUUACUAGAAAACAAUGGCUCCUAUUAAUUUCUACUAUGUCACACCUAGCGCUCCUUGUAGGGCUGUUAUCUUUACGGCUAAGGCGUUAGGUGUAGAGUUGAAUAUGAAAUAUUUAAGUCUUUUCAAAGGUCAUCAUAAAACGGAAAGCUUCGCAAAAUUAAAUCCUCAUCAAACAGUACCAACAAUCGUUGAUGAUGGCUUUAUUCUGUGGGAAUCGAGGGCUAUUCAAAAAUUUCUCUUUAAUAAAUAUGCCAAUGAUGAAAUGGACGCAAUUUAUCCCAAAGAUGUUAGGAAAAGAGCGGUUGUUGAUAGAUAUUUGUUUUUCGACGCAACUGUCGUACAACCGCCUAUAAGAGCUGUUCUUAGGGCCAUGAAAUUCGGCAAACGAAAUCCAACCGAGACGGAGAAAAUGAAACUAUUCGAUACUCUUGACAAAGUUAAUGAAUUAUGCUUUAAAGAUGAUGAAUUGUUUUUAAACGGAGAUCAGGCUACUCUUGCUGAUUUCGCAAUGGCUGCCUCGAUAACAACUUUGCUCUUAUUAGAUUUCAAUCUAUCUAGAUGGCAGGGAAUAGAAAAGUACGUGAGAAACCUUAUGGAGACCGAAUGGUAUAAUUCUCAAGGAGAUGAUUUUGAUAAUGCAAUUAGAGAUUGGACCGAAGAAUUUAAGGAGAGGGGACUGUGCGCUAAUUAAUAAGUCGAAUACAGUUGAAAGAAUAUACAGAACUAAGGCGUCCAAUUUACAAGUUUAUUUUGAUUGCCUGUUUAACCUUCGUGUCUCUGUCUCUGGCUCUCUGUCUGUCUGUCUGUCUGUCUG